UAUAUGAGUCCAAUCAAACCGCCAGUUUAACAUUGAAAGUUAACUGAAAAAGAAUGUCUGACAACAAGGAGAUUUUGAAGAACUUGGGCCUGCAUAACAUGCUGAUUUCGCCCGAUUUCACAAAUUUUACUCGUUGGUUCUGCGAAUUGACCGAGGAAAAUCAUUUAAGUGAAGAGGAGAUUGUCAAAAUCAACGAACUGAAGUCAGCUGGUACAUUCAUCGAUGAUAUUGACUUGCUGAACCAACGUAUUAACGAAGUUUUUGAGGAUAGACUCACGGAUCUUGGAGAGAUCGAAGAACUACAGGAUGAAUACAAUGAUCUCAAAGACACUGAGGAAGCGUUGGAGAAUAUGUUGUCCGCAGCAAAUGCAACUGAAUUGAAAAUGGAUGAAGAAUUGAAUCGAUUGAACUCAGAUAUUCAAGCCGACCAAAUGAAUAUUGAAUCUUUGACCCAGAACUCUCAAGCCGAUGCGCAAUUUUUGGAGGACCUGACUACGAGAAAUAUUGAAAAUCGUUGUAGUUUCCUCACAUCAUUCUCAAGCCAACUAUCGCAUCCUAUGCGUUGGUGUCGGUUGGACUACGACAACUAUUUGGUCGGCUGCGAUAAUUUUUCAUUGUCAAUGAAAAUGAUCUUCGAAAAGACGCUUAAAUUAAGGGACAGUUCGCAGAGCUUUGUGGAAGAGGACCCUGAGCACAAUAAGCGUUUAUAUGAUCUUUUCACUCUUCAAAACACUUUCACUCGAACAGCGUCAGCUCUACACGAAGCGGAAUCAGAUUUGUAUCGAAUCGAUGCAAUCAUCGAUGCAUUGUCCAAACCAGUACAAUCGAUGAGCCCUGGAUUGAUGAGCGAACAAAUUGAACAGCUCACUUGGCAGAAUGCGGAAAUGGAAGAGAAUCUGGAAAAUCUGGAAUCACUAAUCCAGGAAAAGAUCGCUCAAUUGGGUUAUCAGGAAGCAAAGUUUUGCGAAGUGGAAAAUAAUAGAGAAAAACUGGUGGCUGCCGAGAAACGUGUGGAUAUAAUGAAAAAGUGCGCAGCGUCAAUUUCGGAGAACUUAUUGUUAACCGAAGUAUUGUGCCUAAUGGUGAACUUGGAGAAGGAAACGAUGAAUAUUAUUUUGGAUAGCGUAGCUUCGGCUCAUUACGAAGAAGAAAAUGAACAAUGCGCCAGUAACUUGGAAAUUCUUACGAAAAUAUCCUCCAACUCUAUGGCCGAUCAUGUAGGAGAAGAGUUUUCGGAACAAGUUGCUGAAAUGAUUGCAGAUGAUAUCGUUGCAGACAGUACGAUAUCCGAAGAGCCUGCCAAUCCUUUUGCCAAAUAUGCAGAGCGGGUCAAUCACUUUGCAGUGCAAUUAGAAGACAUAAUUUCUGAUUCGUACCAAAUUAAGAUCGCCGAUUCAAUCAAAGAUUUUAAUGGCAUAUCGGCACACUUGAAUGCAUUCAUUGGAAAUGGUCCAUCGCAUAAGCCGAAUAUUUGGAAUUUACCCGUCUUAGCUGAAUCGGAAAUUUAUAAGCGGAAAUUCGACUUGAUGUUCGAUUUGUCACGCAUGAUGCGGCAUAAUUUCAUGGAAAAGUACCAUCAGCCAUUUAUGAACGAUGAAUUGUGGAAGCGUCGACAAUUGUUGUGGAUAUGGUUUUUAACGGAUGAGGAAGCAUUUUUGGAAGCUUUUCAAAAAACCGUUGCCGAUUCAAAGAGGACUGCAAACCAUGGAAAUGUUUCCUUUGGUGGGUUGAAGCGAAAUCAAUAGUUUCAGCAAAGACAAUAUGUGAUAUACCGGAUAAACUGUACUGGCCAUUAGUUAUAAUUUUUCGAAACAAUUAAAUAUUCAUUCUAAU